AUGAAUGAUUUUACUAGUGAAGCUUGUAAAGAUUUUGCUCGAAUGCUUGAGACUCCUGGUGCACCAAAUGCUUUACGUCAACGCUUACCACCACCAAUUAAUACAAUAUCAACAACAUCAUCAUCAACGAUGACUCGAGCUGUAGUAUACUAUAACUUUUGGGGAACAAAUGCUAAUGAACACCCUUAUUGUGGGAUAUUUGAUCUUACUAAAAUAAUACCAAAUUCAAUAUUGGAAAGUUCCUCAAAACUAACUACACUGAUUGAUGGCACUGGCUGGACUAAUCUGGAAGAUAUUGUUAAAGAUAACGUUGAAUAUAGUGUUGAUGGUAAUAAUGAAAAUCAGUAUGAAACCAUCUUUAUUAACUUGUAA